GGACAAUAUAUGGGAGAUUCAUUAAGACCUGUCCAAAGGAAAAGUUGCUGAGUUGCCCAUAGCAACCAAUCAGAUCACUGCUUUCAUUUUUGAAAAGGCCUCUGAAAGUAAUCCACAAGGCGCACGCUUCGCUCGCUCACAGAGAUAUAGACAAUGAUAUGGAUGACACAGAAGUCCCCAGAGCUGUCUGUAGAGGGGGGGCCUGGUUACUACAACAAUACGCAGCCCCCUCUAUAUAAGGAGACGCUCAGUGUAUCUCCGCCACUAUCUCCCAGCCAUGGCCGCCUACACAAGCCUGCUCCUGAUCACUGCUCUCUGUGUUGGUACAGUUCACUCCUUAACCUGCUACACGUGCACAUCCCAGAGCAGCAACACGAACUGCAUGACCGCGACCAACUGCUCCGCCUCCGAAACCUCCUGCAUGACCUCCGUGGUGUCCCGCAGAAUUGGGAGUCUCACGAACACCACCAUCACUAAGAGUUGCUCCUCAGACUGUGUAGCAAUGGGAUUUAAUUUGUCCAUAUUCUCAGUACGUGUCACCUGCUGCCGCACCAACCUGUGUAACACCAGCGGAUCCUCCAGCAUCAAGUCCAUCUCCACCAUCCUGGCCGCAGCCAGGGAAGAUAAUUAGGGUCUCCUCUGUAUUUUAUAUGAGAAUAAAAUAAAUGUC